GAAGUUUGGAGUUGUAAUAGACGCCGGCAGUUCAGGCUCCAGAGUACAGAUCUAUAGUUGGAAAGAACACAGUUAUGUUAGAGAGAAUAAAAAUAAAAGCGACCUUCACCGUUUACCCACCAUUGAAUUUGGAGAUGAGUUCGGUCUGAAAUGGCAGAAAAAAGUCGAACCGGGAAUAUCAUCAUUUUCAUCAAAUCCAUCACAAGUUGGGGAGAGUCACCUAAAAGAGUUAAUAGAUUUUGCUUUAGAGGUAAUUCCACCAGAUGAGGUAUCCGAGACGCCCAUAUAUUUACUAGCAACAGCUGGAAUGCGUUUGUUACCAACCUCACAACAAGAUGCCAUAUUACAAAACGCUUGUGACUACAUAAUGUUUAAGAGUCGAUUCAAGAUGUUCGAACGAUGCUCUGAUAACAUUCAAGUGAUCUCCGGUCAAAUGGAGGGCAUAUAUGGUUGGGUGGCUAUCAACUAUUUGAUGGGAGGAUUUGAAUUUGAUAAAGGAAAUCAUAAUGUUGUUUCCUCGCGACAAUUAGAUGAUAAAAAGCAUACGACCACUUUUGGAUUUCUGGACAUGGGUGGUGCUAGCACCCAAAUUGCCUUUGAACCCAGUUCUGACGAAGCAAAGAAGCAUGCUAAUGAUUUGACCACUGUUCCUAUGUGGACGUUAGACGGCCAGCAGAUAGAAUAUCAGGUUUUUGUAACUACUUUCUUGGGUUAUGGUACCAACGAGGCCCGUCGUCGUUAUAUUGAAGACCGAAUAAAAAAUUACACUGAAACACAUGUGAAAAUUACCAAUCCGGAAAGUUCGCGAGAACAACCGGUUAUCCUGCUGAAAGAUCCUUGUCUGCCUGUUGAUCUCGCCCUCACUGAUCGAACACUUCCUCCGCCCUAUUAUACCUUACAAGGUACCGGUUCUUUUGAAAAAUGUCUUGAUUCCACUUAUCCUCUGUUAAACAAGACGGCCGAAUGUAAGGAUGAACCAUGUCUGUUUAAUGGUGUGCACACUCCAAAAAUUGAUUUUUCGGUGAAUCAUUUCAUUGGAAUUUCCGAGUAUUGGUACACUUCAAAUGAUGUGUUUGGAUUGGGUGGCCCUUGGGAUUAUCAUGAGUUCGUGGAAAAAGCAAAAGGUUAUUGCGAAAAUGAUUGGAACAAGAUUUAUAGUGACUUUCAUGAAGGGAAGUGGAAUUCAUCUAUAGACUUGCCUAGGCUAGAGAUGCAAUGUUUCAAAGCCGCGUGGUUAGCCAAUGUUCUGCACGAAGGUAUUGGAAUUCCCAAGAAUCCUUCUCUUGACAAAAGAAAAGGAAAAAAUGCGCCAUAUUUUCAGAGCAUCAACUCUGUUGGCGAUAUGCAAGUUAGCUGGACUCUCGGAAAGAUGGUAUUGGAGGCAUCAAGUACUAUACCCUUGCUAUUAGGACCACGUCCUCGGCCACCACCAAAUCCUCAACAUCACGGUAUAUUGGGUUAUUACAAUUUCAUGAUAGAAUGGAUAAUUGGAAUCACUUUGUUAAUAGUGCUACUAGCUGCCAUGUGGUGGUUGUGUGUAAAAAGGAAUGGACCAUGGAAAGGAAGGAGAAUAAGCACUGGAUUCAUGUAUUCAUUUUUACUUUCGAUGAUACGAAAGGACAACGAACCAGAAUAUAACCGAUUAGAUGGUGGACAAUAUGUACCAUCUAUUACAAUUCGGCGACGUAUUAUCAAUAUGUUAGAUACUUUCUCCAGAGCAUUUAUUUACAUUAAAUGGAAGAUCACGCACAAGAUAAGCUUUCCAUUUCGUAGAGCAUUUGUCAAAAAGGUGAUAAUUCCUAACGACGAUGCAUCAGUCCAGGUGGCAAUUAUGGAUGAUGUAGAAGAAAUGGUUCAUGUACGAACAUCUCCUAUUAAAGAGAAUUCACUUGUAGUUAAUAUACAAGAUAUUCCACCAUCUCCAAUCACAGAGAAAGGAUCACCGACCGAGCAAUACUUUCCAUCGCAACGGUAUAUUUCCAAGAAACGACUUAGCGGUGAUAGCGCAAUACAAGGGGGAUCAUUUGAGAUGAUCAAUAAAGCGUUUUCGACACCAGUUAAUUUAUCAUUGACAGGACUGCAAUCACGAAAUGGCAGUGUGACAAGUCUGGGAAAAACCAAGACUAUAAACACAAGUAACGUCAGUUUGGGAGGCGUACAAACGGGGGCAAACAAUAUUGGAGGAUAUCCUGGGGGCAAUUCUGAAGGAGGAACCAUAAAAAAUACGGUGGUGAGUCUAAAUAACGGCACAGCAAAUUAUCCAUUACGAAACUCAAGAUCAAUUUCAUCUCUGAAUCCUGGAUGGGUAUUAGAAUCCAUAGAAGAUAAUAAUGAAGAUGAACUAGGAGUAGUAGAAUAUGAAGCAGCAGACUUAACUUCUUUAGGACAAACCGCAACUUUGUCAUCCAGAUCUUCACAAAAUGGUUCAAGUUCAUCUUCACCGACCAAAGUUGAUGAUACAACAUCAUGGUACUCCACAUCCACUUCGACACGACCAUUUAGUUCGAUCAAUACUUCUCCUAGGAACUCUAUUCUGUUACCUGUAAGCACACAGGCGACAGGGCUCACUAAUAGUCCUAAUGUUGAAACGACAAUGUCACUGCCAAAUAGUAGUGGAUCAGUAGGAUUGAAUAGAAUAGGAAGGACAUCGAGUCCUGAUAAAAUCACUAACACUAAAGGACAGGGUGGUAUUCAAAACCUUGAAUAA